AUGUUGGAAGCCCGCAACGCAGCGAGCGGUGCUACUGGGAGGAAUGGCGGCCAUAUAAAGCCCGAUUGUUACCGUGGCUUCACAUCGUACUCUAUCUUACAUGAUACUGAUGUUGCAAAGGCUCAGUGCGAAUUUGAAGCCGCCAACUAUCAAGAAACCGCGAAUUUCAUCCAAGAGAAUAAUCUGGCUGCGGAAGUUGAUCUGGUGCAGUAUCGUUCAGCCGACGUAUACCUGACCCCAGAGUCCUGGAAAACCGGGUUGGCAUCGUACAAUGGCUUCAAAGAAUCUGGCGGCGAUGUCUCCGAUAUCAAGGUACUCAGCAGAGCAGAAGCUGAGGAGACUCUACGGGUCAAGUGUUGCUCUGGAGCAAUCACUUUCCCAGCUGCCAGUCUGUGGCCAUAUAAACUCGCAAUUGCUGUUUUACGCAAGGGGCUCAACUUGGGACUAAGUCUUCACACCAAUACCCCUGUCACAAGUGUAUCUCCCGACACCUCAGGACCUUGGAAGGUCUCAACACCCAGAGGGUUUGUGAUGGCAAAUAAGGUCAUCCAUGCAACCAACGGCUAUGCUUCGUAUCUCCUGCCUGAGCUUGAUGGGCGGAUUAUUCCCCUUAAAGGUCAUGUUUCCGCCAUCACUCCCCCACCGGCUUAUAUGGACCAGCCUUUGACAACAUCUUUUGCUUUCAUAUCCAAUGACGACUACGACUAUCUCAUCCAGAGACCAGGUCCCGAAAAGUACCUGAUUUGGGGUGGUGGCGAGGUUGCUCAUCCCAAGGGUCUCUCAGGUGGCUUCGGUGACUGCGAUGACCGUCAUAUCGUGUCUGAAGUCGAGUCCUACAUUUUGAAUGCACCAGUUAAAAUAUUCAGAGACUGGGAAGAGUCCAGGGCAUCUUCAGGGACUAGCUCUGAAGGUGCCGUGGCAUUCUCUUGGAGUGGCAUCAUGGGCCUGAGCAAGGAUCUUCUUCCGUUCUUGGGGGAACUUCCAGGCAAGCCUGGCCAAUAUCUGGCCGGUGGAUAUCACGGACAUGGUAGGUCCAGUAGUCCAGUAACUGGAAAGACUUCUUUGCUAAUAAAGGUAAUUUAG